AUGGCGCAGCUGAGCCUGUCCUGGCUGGGCCUGGGGCCCCUGGCAGCCUCCCCGUGGCUGCUGCUUCUGCUGGUCGGGGCCUCCUGGCUCCUGGCCCGCGUCCUGGCCUGGACCUACGCCUUCUAUGACAACUGCAGCCGCCUCCGCUGUUUCCCGCAGCCCCUAAAACGCAACUGGUUUUGGGGUCACCUGAGCCUGGGGCCCUUGUACCCAGUCCUGCGACUCGUCCACCCUAAGUUUGUUGCCCCCCUGCUCCAGGCCUCAGCUGCCGUCACACCCAAGGAUAUGACUUUCUACGGCUUCCUGAAACCCUGGCUGGGGGAGGGGCUCCUGCUGAGUGCUGGUGACAAGUGGAACCGCCACCGUCGCCUGCUGACGCCCGCCUUCCACUUCGAAAUCCUGAAGCCCUACGUGAAGAUUUUCAACGAGAGUGAACGGCGCCGCACCCUCGAGAGCCAGGGUGUUGACGACUUCCUCAAAGCCAAGGCCAAGUGCAAGACUUUGGACUUCAUUGAUGUGCUCCUACUGGCCAAGGACGAAAAUGGGAAGGAGUUGUCGGAUGAGGACAUACGAGCAGAGGCUGACACCUUCAUGUUUGGGGGCCAUGACACCACGGCCAGUGGCCUCUCCUGGAUCCUGUACAACCUCGCCAGACACCCAGAAUACCAGGAGCGCUGCCGGCAGGAGGUACGAGAGCUCGUGCGGGACCGUGAGCCUGACGAGAUUGAAUGGUGA